AUGGGGGGACUAAAGUUGAAAGAUUUGAAAGCAAAGAAUUACUUGUUCCAAGCCAUUGAUCGAUUUAUCCUGGAAACUAUUCUAAUUAGCAAAGAAACUUCCAAGGAUAUUUGGGAUUCAAUGAAGAAAAAAUAUCAAGAUUCUUCUAGCGUAAAGCGUGCACAGCUUCAAGCCUUGAGAAAAGAUUUUGAGACUCAACAAAUGAAGGAUGGUGAAUUCGUUACCCACUAUUGCGCAAGAACCAUGGUGAUAACUAACAAGAUGCGAUUCCAUGGUGAGAAGAUGGAAGAUGUUGCCAUUGUUGAGAAGAUAUUGCGAUUCUUGGCAUCGAAGUUUGAUUAUGUUGUUUGCUCAAUUGAAGAAUCCAAAGACAUAGAUGCACACUUCCUUGAUGAACUCCAGAGCUCCUUGUUGGUUCACGGACAAAAGCUAAAUCGAAGUUCAACUAUAGAAGAGCAAGCUUUAAAGGCUUCUACUCAUUCCGCAAACUCUAGAGGAAGGGAUAGAGGUAGAGGUAGAAGAAGGGGAGAUCGAGGCAAUAGAGAUGGCAACCGGCAUUUCAAAGCUGAUGAUGAUCAAUUUCAAGAUGAGAAAAAGAUGAAACUUGAUGACAAGGGUGAAAAGUGUGUUUUUCUUGAUUGGGUAGGAGCCUACUCGAGUCAUUUUGAUAGUGAAACUGAAGAAGAAAGGCAGCAGCCCUUGCAUCAACAAAUUCCAGCAACUUCUAUAUCUAAAAAUCUACCAAAUGUAGCUUCAACAGCCCCUGAAACUUCAACAAUAGCAGCAGAAGCUACUGAUACAGCAGCUGAAUCACGUCUUCACCGUGUUUGA